AUGUCAAAUUUUGACAGCAUGGUGCGCAUUUCACGUGUUGUAAAUUUUAAAAUUUUCACAUAAAUUUAUCAAAAUGAAGCACAAAAGGUUUGAGGAAAAUAUUUUAGUCGAUGAAGCUUACACAAAUUAUGGUAAAGUUGACAAAAAUGCUGAUGGAAAGAAAAGUCAGGGUAUUGCAAAACAUUUUGCGGAGACACUCGAAUAUGAGGAGAAAAAGAAAUGGUUUCAUCAGCUCCCUGAAGAACCCAGUACAAUAACAAAGGUGCUUACACCAGAACAGAUAGAAGAAGUGCGAAAGGAAGCAAGUAGUGCACUGCAUGGUGACACAGCGGCAUACGAAACCAAAUCAAACAGAAGUGGUUCAUCCGACCAGCAGUGGGCUAGGACUCUGUUGAACAAAGGAGCUAUAGGAGACAGGGUAGCAGCAGCCACAAUAUUGAUUCAGGAUAACCCUCUCUACAACUUGACAGCACUCAGAAAUCUUGUCAACAGUGUCAAACCAGCCAAGAAAAAGGAUGGAAUCAUUGUUAUAGAUGCACUGUCAGAGCUCCUAAUAUCCGAGCUGCUAAUCCCUGAUGCGAAGCUGCGAACACUCGAGCAGCACCCACUGGGCCACCUGGACGAGAUGACUUCAGGCAAUAAACAGGCGCGCAGGAACAUACUCAAGCUGUGGCACUAUGAGGACCAGCUCAAGGAGUUGUACGGAACUUACGUGGAAGCGUUGAACAAGUUUGCGCACGACUCGGUGGAAGCGAACAAGGAGAAAGCCGUCAGCGCCAUGUCUUAUCUGCUUAUGCAUCACCCGGAGAGAGAAAAGAUGCUCCUAACGAACAUAAUCAACAAACUGGGAGACCCGUCACAGUCAGUUGCAUCGAAGGUAAUAUACCACCUGUGCCAACUGCUGUACAACCAUCCCAACAUGAAGUCUGUGGUCUUGGCUGAGAUUGAGAAAAUGCUGUUCAGGACCAACAUAUCGCCGCGUGCGCAGUACUACGGCGUGUGUUUCUUGAAUCAGUUCUUCUUGGGCAAGGACGACUCCAAAAUAGCGGAGAACCUCAUCAGGAUCUACUUCUCAUUCUUCAAGGCUUCGAUUAAAAAGGGAGACAUCGACUCUCGUCUAAUGUCCGCCAUACUAACGGGCGUCAAACGCGCGUACCCAUUCGCGAACAAAGACCGUCUUUCCGAUACUCCUGCGCACAUCGACGCUAUACAUAAGCUAGUACAUCUAGCUAGUGCAGGCGUCGCUAUACACGCAUUAGCGUUGUUGCAUCAUACUUGCAUGGCGUCUCAGACCGCUGCCGACCG